AUGAUCUCCUACUUGAGAGGCGAGGUUCUGCAAGUCAACGACAAUCCGCCAAGGGUUGUUGUGCUGACUGCAUCUGGAGUCGGAUAUUCGGUGGUGCUGCCGACAUUUGUCCAUGAAUCGCUACAGCCCGAGGUUGGCAACCCCAUAGAACUGCACAUCUUCUACUCGGUUUCGGAACGGCAGCCGCUGCCGAUUUUGGUGGGAUUCAAAGAUGAGGGCGACAGAGAGUUCUUCGAGCAGUUCAUCCAAGUCGAGGGUAUCGGGCCGGCGCGGGCAGCGACCGCGUUGACAAUGCCGGUUCCGACGCUCGCAUACGCGAUCGAAACCGAAGAUAUGGUGACUUUGACCUUGAUGCCAGGCAUCGGACAGCGCGGCGCGCAAAAGAUCAUCGCGACUCUGCGCGGCAAGGUUUCGGCUGCUGCUAGCCGUCCCAUAGAAACUGCCGCCCAGCGUGCCAGCCGGGUACCCAGCACGCGAUCGGAUGUAGUUGCGGUAUUGGUGAGCCUCGGGUAUCGCAACACUGAUGCGAUUGCGAUGGUUGACGCAGCGAUCCGUCGCGAUCCGACCUAUGAUGAUGAUCCGCAGGCGUUACUGCGAGAUGUCUUCCGCAACAGCCCGGCGACGCCGGCUGCCUCGACCUAA